UGGCAAAUCUGCUUCAGCGAGCCUGCAAGGAGGUAGAGAGAGAGUGAGAUAGCAAGAGUGAACGUGUGACCUUUCCCGCAAUCCGUCCUGUACACACUCGCUUGCACACACCUCUGCCAGAUUAACUACCGAAGAUGCCAGCAGUUGUUCCUGAAGCUUUCAAAAGUGUCAUUCAGAAGCCAGGACUGCAGAUAUGGACCAUCGAGAAAAUGGAAAUGUCUCCUAUCCCAGAAAAGGCCUAUGGGAACUUCUUUGAAGGAGAUUGCUACAUAAUACUUAGUGGAAAACAAGUCUCCAGCAAGUUGGCUUUCGAUAUCCACUAUUGGAUUGGGAGUGAGUCAUCUCAAGAUGAACAGGGGGCCGCAGCCAUCUUAGUCACACAGCUGGACGACUUUCUUGGCGGCAGCCCUGUCCAGUACAGAGAGGUGCAGGGCUAUGAGUCGGCUACCUUCAAGAGCUAUUUCAAGAAUGGAAUCAUCUACAAAAAGGGUGGAUUAGCUUCAGGCUUCAAGCAUGUGGAGACAAAUGUGUAUAACAUCAAGCGAUUGCUACACGUUAAAGGGCGGAAAAACUGCACGGCAAAAGAGGUGGAGGUUUCUUGGAAUAGCUUCAACAGCGGAGAUGUUUUCCUCCUGGACAUGGGCAAGGUGAUUGUUCAGUGGAAUGGACCCGAAAGCAACAAACAGGAGCGCUUGAAGGGUAUGAUGCUGGCACAAGAUAUCCGUGACAGAGAGCGGGGUGGCCGAUCACAAAUUGGCAUCAUUGAUGGUGAAAAUGAGGCCGCCUCCCAAGAAUUGCUGAAGAUUAUGACGGCUGUGCUGGGGCAACGGCAGGGCAAAUUGAAGGACAGCAUCCCGGAUGACAAACCCGACCUGUACCAAAUGGCAAAUAUUCGGCUCUAUCAUGUUUCCGAUGCAAGUGGCAACUUGAUGGUUCAGGAGAUUGCAACACAGCCACUGACACAAGACCUGCUGAAAUCUGAGGACUGUUACAUUUUGGAUCAAGGUGGUGCCAAGGUUUUUGUAUGGAAAGGAAAGCUAGCAUCGAAGCAGGAGAGGCAGGCGGCACUUAGCAGAGCCGUGGGGUUUAUCAAAGCCAAGAAUUACCCUUCUACUACCAAUGUGGAGAUGAUGAAUGAAGGUGCCGAGUCGUCUGUGUUUAAGCAGAUUUUCAAGUCCUGGAAGGAGAAGGGGCAAACUCAGGGCAUUGGAAAGACCCACUCUUUGGGCAAGAUCGCUAAGGUGGACCAGGUGAAGUUUGAUGUCAUGGAGCUGCACGCCAGACCGGAACUCGCUGCCCAGCAGAGGAUGGUAGAUGAUGCCACAGGAAAAGUUGAGGCGUGGAGGAUUGAAAACUUGGAGUUGAAGCCAGUUGAACCUAACACUUAUGGACAGUUCUAUGGUGGGGACUGUUACCUCAUUCUUUACACCUACCUGAAGGUCAACAAGCCUCAGUACAUCCUGUACAUCUGGCAGGGUCGACAUGCAACUCAAGAUGAGAUCACUGCUUCAGCUUACCAGGCUGUCAACUUGGACAACAAAUAUAAUGGCGAGCCAGUCCAAGUGCGAGUGACCAUGGGGAAGGAGCCCCGUCACUUUCUGGCUAUCUUCAAGGGGAAGCUCAUUGUUUAUGAGGGGGGCACAAGCCGUACAGGACCAAAAUCUCAAGAAAGUGGAAUCAGGCUUUUCCAGGUCAGAGGAACAGAUGCAUUCAACACUAAAGCUACAGAAGUUCCAGCUCGAGCUUCCUCUCUCAAUUCAAAUGACGUCUUCUUGCUCAAAACGGACCAUAUCUGCUACCUGUGGUGUGGCAAGGGCUGCAGCGGAGAUGAACGUGAGAUGGCCAAAACUGUUGCAGAUAUCAUCUCAAAGCGAGACAAGCAGACUGUCAUGGAGGGACAGGAGCCCGCUGACUUCUGGGUAGCACUUGGGGGCAAGGCACCCUAUGCCAGUGACAAGAGGUUUGAAGAAGAGAAAACAAGUUACAAGCCCCGCCUCUUUGAGUGCUCCAAUCAGACGGGACGCUUCAUGAUGACAGAGGUACAAGACUUUGCACAGGAAGAUUUGGAUGAAGAUGAUGUCAUGCUGCUGGAUACCUGGGAUGAGAUCUUUCUAUGGAUUGGCAAAAAUGCCAAUGACCUAGAAAAGAAGGAAUCGGUUAACAGCUCUAUGGAAUACCUUAAGACCCACCCAGCUGGGAGAGACCUGGGCACCCCCGUCACUAUGGUGAAGCAAGGCCACGAGCCACCCACCUUCACUGGCUGGUUCAACGCCUGGGAUCCCCACAAGUGGGAUGGAAUAAAGAACUAUGAUGAAAUGAAGAAAAGCCUGGGUGAUGUUUCUGGGAUAUCAAAAAUCACUGUUGAUCUGAACAAAACUGAGAUCGAUUCAGGGAAGAAGAUGCCUACCCAGAAUGUACCAGCCGAUUACAGUGCACCAGGGGGCCCAGCCACACCAGGAGUAACACAUGCGGCAUACAAACCCCACCAACAGGGCCAAAGUAAACCAGCCACAGAUCCUUCAGGGGCCAAGGGAGCAUGGUUUGACCCAGCUCUUCUAAUCAAUAAAACAGUGGAGGAGCUACCAGAGGGUGUUGACCCCCUGAAGAAAGAGCAAUACAUUUCCGAUGACGACUUUCAGAACAUAUUUGGAAGCAGCCGUACAGAAUUCAAUAACAUGCCAGCAUGGAGACAGAAGCAGAUGAAGAAACAUGCAGGACUUUUCUGAAUCCAAAUCUUUUUUAUUUUAUUUUGUAAAAGGGUAAUGCAAUGCCAAAUAUUGUGUGUGCUAUGUGUGCGAGUACUGUAUCACAACCUGGAGGAAACGAUUGAGGUCAAAUAAAGAGCCACGUGGAUUUGA